UUCUACCCAAUUGCAUCCUGGAGCCAUUCUCCCAAGAAGGGGUUCCCAUACUCCACCAAAGGUUAGAGUUUGGUAUUUUCCUUGAACCGGAGUCCCAAUUGGGACCUUCCCCCAGUUCGAAGAGUGGUCAGAUGCCAUGGGAGGGAUCCCAAUCCAGCCUUAGGAAAAGAAACCUUCCACGGGAGUCUUGGAGAUUGGCGGCCAUCAAAUGACUUAAGUGGCAGCAAACGUGGAUUCAUACAGCUGCACAGAUGACUCUGAGGCAAUGCUGGAGACUGGGAGGUCGUCGGAAUCCAAUGGCCGGAACGAAAAGGAUUGUUCCUCACUUCUGCUUGAUGAAUCGUUUUGGUGGUAGACGCAGAGAACACUCACGCCCUGCAAGGGAGUCUGCAGGUGCUCUGCUGGAUGUAAUUCUUUCUUCUGCCCUUGUAGAAAGAGACGCAAAUCAGAGGUGCAGAUUUCCUUGUUUGCAGAUCAUAAGCUUGAAUGCCUUUGGGGAGCACAGCAUGGACUAACCUCCCGGUUGCGGAGGGAGGUGGAGCCAGCAGUCUAUCAUUUAGGUAGUGACUCUGGGUGGCUGUGAGGAGAGUCAGAACUUCCUCAGGACCGGUUUUUCAUCUUGCCCUACACAUCAGGUAGACAACAGCACUGACAGGACAUUUUAUCUUUGGCCAAAGAAACUAGGAAGCCACUCGGGGCUACGUGAUGAAGCUCAGGAGCCUCUUGACCUCCCUGUCUUGGAUGUGUUUGUUCUUAAACACAUGCCAGUCGCGGGAGGCGAAUGAUGACAAGCCCAAUGUUGUCCUGCUAAUGGUGGAUGAUCUCGGGAUUGGAGAUCUGGGUUGCUAUGGCAAUGGUACAAUGAGGACGCCUCACGUGGACCGCUUAGCCAGGGAAGGUGUGCGGCUGACCCAAAACAUCGCUGCAGCCUCAAUGUGCACCCCGAGCCGGUCGGCCUUCCUGACGGGAAGGUACCCAGUCCGUUCAGGAAUGGUUUCUGAUACAGAGGUCCGUGUCAUCACAACGCUUGGAGACUGUUCCGGACUCCCUCUUAAUGAAACGACAUUUGCUGCUUUACUCAAAAAGCAGGGAUACACCACCGGUCUCCUGGGCAAAUGGCAUCAAGGCUUAAAUUGCCAAUCUCGAAGCGACCACUGCCACCAUCCACAUAAUUAUGGGUUUGAUUACUUCUAUGGCAUGCCACUCUCUCUGAUUGAACCUUGCUGGCCGGAUCCUUCACGUGACACAGAAUUAGCCAUUGAGAGCAAAAUCUGGCUCUGUGUGCAGCUGGUCGCCAUUGCUGUGCUUACCUUCACCAUUGGGAAAUUGAGUCGCUGGGUCUCUGUUCCCUGGUCCCUCAUCCUCUCCAUGGUUCUUUUUAUUUUCCUCCUGAGCUAUUUUUGGUUCUCCAGUUACACAUCUCCUCUGUACUGGGAUUGCCUCCUCAUGCGAGACCAUGAGAUCACCGAGCAGCCCAUGAAGGCAGAACGAGCCGGGUCCAUCAUGGUGAAGGAGGCAGUUUCAUUUUUAGAAAGGAACCGUAAAGGACCUUUCCUCCUCUUUUUCUCCUUUCUCCACGUUCACACACCCCUCCCCACGACGACGGAGUUCAUAGGCACCAGCAAACACGGCUUGUACGGUGAUCAUGUGCAGGAGAUGGACUCCAUGUUGGGGAAGAUUCUUGAUGCCCUCGAUGAUUUUGGUUUGAGGGACCACACUCUAGUCUACUUUACAUCAGACCAUGGAGGACAUCUGGAGGCGAGGCUGGGCCAUGCCCAGCUUGGUGGAUGGAAUGGAAUAUACAAAGGUGGCAAAGGCAUGGGAGGAUGGGAAGGCGGAAUCCGCGUCCCGGGACUUGUGCGAUGGCCUGGAAAAGUGCCAGCUGGAAAAGUGAUUGAGGAGCCCACGAGUCUAAUGGAUAUUUUGCCAACUGUCGCAGCACUGGCGGGAGCAACUGUCCCUCAGGACAGGGUGAUUGAUGGCCGAGACCUCAUGCCCUUGCUUCGGGGUGACACUCAGCGCUCAGAGCACGAGUUCCUGUUCCACUAUUGCGGUGUGUACCUCCACGCCGUGCGCUGGCACCCGAAGGACAGCGAGGCCGUGUGGAAGGCUCAUUAUGUGACACCAGUAUUCCAGCCGCCAGGAGCUCUGGCCUGCUAUGAGACCAUCUUCUGCCAAUGUUCAGGGAAACUGGUCACCUCCCACAACCCCCCUCUGCUCUUUGAUCUCUCCAGGGACCCCUCUGAGUCCACACCUCUGACGCGGGACACGGAGCCCCUCUAUGAUUUAGUCAUCAGAACGGUGGCUGCCGCGGUGAAGCGCCACAAGGAAAGCAUCAAACCCGUCCAUCAGCAGCUGUCAGGAUCGAAAGAGGGGAAGGUGUGGCUGAAGCCUUGCUGUGGGAUGUUCCCAUUUUGUCUGUGUGACAAGGAGGGGAACUCCUCAGCCGCGAGCUCAUCGUGAGAAGGAACGAUGGAGAGCGGGAGACGCAACGCGCUUUCCGAUACUCGAGGAAUGAAUUUGAGAGCCAAUAAAUUGCACUACCAUCUCCAAUUA